AUGUCGCUUCUGCCUGGUCUUUCCCUCUCGGCCCCGUCAGCGGCAACACCACAACCGGAUGCAGCAUCGCAUGCGCCUCCACGAACCGAAGAGCUGCCCGCGCGCUCAGAGCUGCGCUUCGAAGUCGCUUUCGCAAAGUCAUAUCGCAUACGUCUAGUACGAGGAACAGCAGAAGUCUUUGGCAGCGAACUCGCACCUGGCUCCACAUACACCUUCAGCGGCACAAAAGGCGCCGUCUUCACAUGGCACGGUUGCACCUUGGAGCUGCAUGGCGAUGUCGAGAGCGAAUAUGUCGGCUCCGAAACAGAAGCCAUGGUCGAGUGGCUGAACGUCCACGGCAUGCUAGAGACUGCGCGAGACGAUGCUGGAACAGGCAGAGACAGUAACGGCGGUCCGCGCGUGCUGAUCGUAGGCCCUGAUGACAGCGGCAAGACAAGUCUGCUCAAGUGCUUGACGGCAUGGGGCUUGAAGAUGGGACGAACGCCGACUGUUGUCAACAUGGACCCACGCGAAGGCCUGCUCAGCAUGCCCGGCAGUCUGAGUGCAGUCACAAUGGGUAGCAUGCUCGAUGUCGAAGAUGGCUGGGGAAGUAGUCCUGUUUCUGGUCCUACUGUAGUGCCCGUGAAGACGCCGCUGGUUUACCAUUUCCCCUUUGCAUCCCCCGAAGACAGCAUCCGCAUGUUCAAACCACUUGUCACACGCGCUGCUCUGGCUGUUACCAGCAGACUGGAGGAGGACAACGAGGCAAAGCAGAGCGGCAUUAUUGUCGACACACCCGGAAGCAUCAACCAGCCAAAGGGCAAUUACGACCUCCUCAUGCACAUCAUUUCAGAAUUCAGCAUCAACGUCGUUCUCACACUGGGCUCCGAGAGGCUUUACAACGACCUGUUACGCAAGUUUGCCAGCCCCAAGAGCUCGGAUGAUGUGGUGCACGUCUUUCGCAUAUCAAAGUCAGGCGGCGCAGUAGCAAGGGACGAGGGGCUCAUGCGUCAAGCUCGACAGCAACAGAUCAAGAACUACUUUUUCGGUGACAGCAGAACGUCACUGAACCCACACGGCCAAUGGUGGGACUUUGGCGACUUGACCAUCUACAAGGCGGUCGACACUACAGCAUCGCAGGCCCAAUCGUCUUUCUUGCCUGGCAUGGAUUACGACGACGAAUCGGCGUCUGGACAAGGUCCGGUAACAUGGCUGGAGAGAGUGACAGCAAGUCAAGGCAUGGUCAACGCAAUCUUGUCUGUCAAGUUCUGCUCAGGGAACUCGUCUCUGGACAGCGUGCGCGACAGCUGUGUCAUGGGAUUCGUAUACGUAGCCGAGGUGGACGAGACCAGGAAAAAGGUCCGCUUCCUGGCACCGCAUCCGAGCAGGUGGGGCGAUCGAGCAUUGGUUUGGGGCAACUGGCCCGAGGGCGUAGGCGACUUGGUUGCAUAG